AUGGAUAGAAUAAUACAGCAGACAGAUUACGAUGCCCUGUCAUGCAAAUUAGCUGCCAUUGCGAAAGGAUAUCUUCCUGCCCCUCAAUUUUCUGAUCCUAAUGAAAUUGAAUCCUACAAGCUAAUACAUUCAGCUUAUUUUAACACUUUAAAGACACACAGUAGAAGAAUUUAUGGCAAGAUAAACAAAUCAAUUAGUUCUUCUUUCCCCGUGAUGAAUAUUGGAACUUAUUUACGUACUGUGGCCCUUGACUCUCAAAUUGAAACUUUCUUACAAAAAAAUGAUAAAGUUCAAAUAAUCAAUUUAGGAUGCGGUUCCGAUUUGAGAAUGUUCCAAUUAUUAAAUAAGUAUGAUAAUUUGACAAAGUAUUUGGAUCUUGAUUUUAAAGACUCCAUCUAUUUUAAAAAUGAUAUUCUUUGGAAUACCGAGCUAUUCAGAGAUACUUUACAUUUGGAAAGAUCCAACGAAACUGAUGGUGAAUUGGCUCAUUCUGAUCGUUACAAAUUAAUAUCCUGUGAUCUAAAAGAUACAACAAAUACAAUGACCAUAUUGCAAAGUCUCACGGACUCACAAAUACCGACUUUAGUAAUCACUGAAUGUCUUCUCUGCUAUAUGCCACAAUUAGAGUCCCAAACUUUAAUUAAUUCUAUUAUAAGUUUUUACCGCGUGGGGGAAUGGUUAUCAUACGAUCCAAUUGGGGGUGAUCAACCUAAUGAUAGGUUCGGAUUAAUAAUGCAAACAAAUUUAAGGGAGUCAAGAAAUUUAGAAAUGCCCACGUUAAUGACUUUUAAUUCAAAAGAAAGUUAUGCUUCUAGAUGGAAUAUCAUCUCCAAUGAUAUUAAAACUAACAUUGACAUUAAAGAUAUGUGGGAAAUAUUCAAUUCUGACAUUGAACCAACCGAGAAGCAACGUCUGAAGAAAUUACAAUUCUUAGAUGAAUUUGAAGAAUUGAAAGUUAUGCAAACUCAUUAUGUCCUCUUAAAUGCGCAAUGGGAACAUGCUCUAUAA